AUGUUUGGAAUUUUAGAUAAGUGGUAUCCAGCCAAUGAAUUAGAACAAUUAGGUACUAACGAAUUUCCCGCACUUGAUAUUAUUCCUCUUGGUACUUUCAUUUCUCUAAGAAAUGCUGGGGCACAGCAAAGUUUGACACAACCAUUACAUAAAGUUAAAAAUAAUUCAAUGAUUCAAGAAGCAACUGAA